CACCCAAAGAGAUGCUGAGGAAACGUUUUAAGCACUGGAAUUAUUAGAAGUGCAGCCCAGGAGCCCCAGGAGGCGAUGGAGUUGGGCCGAUCUUAUUUCAGAAGGUCCAGAGCGCUGCUACUCACCAUGAUGAUGUUCAAAUGGGGACUAUUCAGCACAGCGAAAGCAGACAUAUGUUUGUCUUCCCCAUGUCAGAAUGGUGGCACAUGCAUAGAAGCAAUGGCUGACUAUACAUGUUUAUGCCCAAAAGAACCACUCAUCUAUGUAGGUAAAGACUGUGAACUACUGUAUGAUGCUUGUGCGCAUGUCAACUGUCAUAACUGCAUCAGCACCCUAGGAAUAGAUAACUACUUCUGUCCAUGUCAAGAGGACUUUGGAGGCCCUGAUUGUACUCAUAACUUGGACAAGUGUAAGAGCAACCCAUGCACUGGAAUAAAGAAUCGCUGUGUAGAUGCACUUAAUGGAUAUUCUUGUCACUGCCCUAGCGGCUACAGUGGCGAGGACUGCCAGACUCAUGUGAUGGACUGCUUGGAUAAUCCUUGCUUUAACAAUGCAACCUGCAUACAGACAUCACACGGAUAUAAGUGUAAGUGUGGUCGUGGCUUCCAGGGGAACUACUGCGAACAUGACACUGAUGAAUGCCUGUCCCAGCCUUGUCAGAAUGGUGCCAUAUGCCUCGAUGGUAUAGAUGUGUACCACUGCUUCUGUGUGCCUGGAUUUCAAGGUUACAACUGUGAGAUAGACAUUAAUGAGUGUGCAUCCCAGCCCUGUAAAAACAAUGGAAAGUGUACUAAUGGGAAGGACCGUUACAUCUGUGAGUGUCUGAUAGGGUUCACAGGAAUGAACUGUGAGGUCGAGAUCAAUGAGUGUGAGGAGACUCCAUGUCAGAAUGAUGCUACAUGCCAUGACUAUGUGGGGCUGUACACAUGUGAGUGUGUGCCUGGGUUUGAAGGCAUCAGCUGUGAGGUGGAUAUCAAUGAGUGUAUCAGUGUGCCAUGCCUCAACAAUGGCUCAUGUAUUGAUUUGGUGAACAGGUUUGAGUGUGAUUGCAGUGGGACAGGGUUUGCUGGGCUAAUUUGUGAGGAAGAGAUUCUUGAGUGUGUGUCUGAGCCCUGUCAGCAUGGAGCCACAUGUCAUGAGGGAAUUAAUCAAUACGCCUGUCAGUGCUGGCCAGGUUAUGAAGGGAAGAACUGUGAGAAGGAUGUGGAUGAAUGUGAGGCUCAGCCUUGCGAGAAUGGUGGCAAGUGUUUCCAGCGAUCUGACCAGAGACAUUAUGGUGUCUUAGACCAGCUGAGCACAUCUUUCAGCUAUGAGUUUGCUGCUGGCUUUCUGUGCAAAUGCUUGUCUGGCUUUACAGGUGAAAACUGUUCAAUUAACAUAGAUGAAUGUGAACUUGCACCAUGCCUAAAUGGGGGAAGCUGUGAGGAUCUAAUUAAUGCGUAUCAAUGUUUUUGCUCUCCGGGAUUCACAGGUUUCAUAUGUGAAGUGAACAUUGAUGAGUGUGAAAGUGCACCUUGUCAGAAUGGUGCCUUGUGCGAGGAUGUCAUUAAUGACUAUGCCUGUCACUGCCAUAUAUCUGUACCUGAUCAGCUGCCUUGGGGUGGCCGUAACUGUGACAUUGCUUUAACUGGCUGUGUGGAUGAGCCCUGCAACAAUGGAGGCAUGUGUGAACCUUUCCUACAUGGAGACAAACACCUUUUUAGGUGCAGGUGUCCUUCUGGCUUCUCCGGUGACAAUUGUAGCAUUCCCACCACUUUCUCAUUCUCUAAAGCAGCCUAUGUGGUGGUGGAGAUUCCUUAUAACAAGACUUAUAACAAUGAGGCAACCAGUGUUUUGCUGCGGUUCAGGACAACUUUACCAGAUGCAGUGCUGUUCUUCAGGGGAAAUGCACAGCAUUUCUUCACACUGGAGAUGAAUGGUGGAAAUCUCCUUGCUACAGCAGAAUCAGGGGACUUAAAGCUGGUGGUGGAACUUCAUGGGACUUUUCACAAUGGGUUGUGGCAUGCAGUGUCUGUUUCUGUAGAUGACAUGCUGGUUGUGAGUUUAUUAGAUAAGAAUUACACAUAUAUUCAGCAGACAGAUCAGGGUCAACAUCUUUUUUUCCCUCCACAUUGUCUGGAAAAAGUCUACAUUGGUGGGGUCCCGCAAGAUUAUCUGAAGAAAACAAAGACGUGGACAGGAUUUGUUGGUUGCAUGGAGGACUUUGUCAUCAGUUCUCAGCUUAUUCUGCCCCAUAACUUCUCCCAAGAGAAUGUCACUUACAUCCAACUGGGCUGUGAAAAGCCUGAAUGGUGCCAUCUAGAUUCUUGCUCUCAUCAAGGAAAGUGUGUAGAUCUUUGGACUGAAUACAAGUGUGACUGCCACAGGCCAUUUUAUGGAAACAUCUGUUCCUAUGAGUACCCUUCAUGGACAUUCAACCAUGAGCAUAAUAGAAGCUUUGCUGCAUUUCCCAUAACUCAGAGCCAUUCUGGUAACAUUAGUGUAUCAUUUUUAUUGCGAACAUUGAAAACCAGUGGCCUUAUUCUCCAAUUGAAACGGGGGAAUCAGGCAUAUCUCUCAGUGUUCCUGAGGAGAGGCACAAUAAAUGUUGCUGUGUACUCUUCUAUAAGAGAGAGUUCCACAUUCAUCACAGAUGGGGAGAAGAUGCUGAUUACCAUCAAUGUCGAUGGAGGAUUUUUAUACUUCAAUCAUACAGAAAUACUUUUUAGACCUGGGACGUUUCCUGAGCUUGAAGUGCAGGCAGGAGAUGUGGUAUAUCUUGGUGGACUUCCUGAAGAAGGUGAUGCUACACCUUGGGGUGGUCAUUUCAAAGGUUGCCUACAAGAUGUACGUCUGGAUGACACUCAGCUCUACAUGAGCUUAAACAAAAUAAUCAAAUUACAUGAACAACCAAGCUACUUAGCAGAUAUUUCACAUAACUUGCUGGAGCACUGUGUCAGUGAUGAAGCAUGUAAGGGGAAACCAUGCUUGAAUGGAGGAGAAUGCAUGAUCAAGUGGAAUGACUUCAUCUGUUCCUGUCCACUAAACUACACUGGAAAGACCUGUGACAUCCGAGUGUGGUGUGCUAGCAAUCCAUGUGUCAUGGGUAGCCAGUGUGUGGACCUGCCUGAUGGAUAUGAGUGCUUGGCCAAUGCCACAUUUGAAAACAAUGCUUUGAAGUACAGUGCCAGUGGCUCUUUAUCUGCUCCUGUGAAAUUGGUUUCUGUGAAAUUUCGGACUCGUACAGAGAAUGGCACACUCCUUCGUACCUCCAAUGGCCUCGAGUUUUUCUACAUGGGCCUUCUGAAUUCCUUCAUAUUGGUCAAGAUCCGUAAUAACAAAAGCCAGGAGGUGCUGGCUUUCAACAGUGAGGUGGAGGUUUCAGAUGGAGAAUGGCACCAUGUGGAGCUCAGGAAGACAUGUUCACUCUAUGCUUUUUCUCACUGGAACCUCACUGUGGAUGGGCAAGUGGCUGGUUCAAACCAAACAUUUGCUGCCAACUUGGAUUUCUUUAACCAUUCUACUGUGCGGUUGGCAGAGAAUUUCACUGGCUGUCUUGGUGAAGUCAGGAUAGGGGGAGUGUAUCUGCCACUGGUGGGGGGCAUUCAUGAAGAAGCACCUCAGUUUUCACAAUUUUUCCAUUAUGGCAGCAGAAAGAAGCCACAAAUUGGGUGCAGUGGUGCACCCUUGUGUCUCCUGCAUCCUUGUUUGAAUAAUGGCUCAUGCCAAGACCUCUUUAAUCACUAUAGAUGUGACUGUGCCCCAGGCUGGCAGGCUGAAAACUGCCAGGACGAUGUCAAUGAGUGCAUCUCUGGGCCUUGCAUCCAUGGGACCUGCAGGAAUCUUCCUGGGGAAUACCUGUGCCAGUGUGCCCAGGGCUACAGGGGGAGGCACUGUGAUGAGGAUGUGGAUGAGUGCCAAGAGCUGCGUUGUGAGAAUGCAGGGUCUUGUGUGAACACUGUGGGGGGAUACACUUGCAUCUGUCCACCAGCAUACAGUGGUCCACUCUGCCAGUGGAGCUUCCCUCCACUGCAGUGUGGAGUAGAUGUGCAGUGUACUAAUGGAGGAGUCUGUAUGGAUGGACCCUGGGGGUUUAACUGUACCUGCAGACUUGGAUACACCGGGGAGAGAUGUGAGAUAGACAUAGAUGAGUGUGAGUCCAACCCCUGUCUCAAUGGGGCCACCUGCAUGGAUAAGCAGAAUCAUUACCUUUGUGAGUGCUUGCCAGGUUUCAGUGGAGAUAACUGCGAGGCUCCUAGGCUGCAGCAGACGGAGAGUAUCCCCUGGCUUAUAGUGGCAAUCCCACUGAUGUGUUUUGCUGCUUUGCUGGCCAUGGUAGGUUUGGGUUGCAUGAUGCUCACUGCACGAAGGAAACGGCAGUCUGAAGGCACCUAUAGCCCCAGCCAACAAGAGGUGGCAGGAGCUCGUCUCGAGAUGAGCAGCGUGCUUAAAGUGCCUCCUGAGGAAAGGCUGAUUUAACCUUUAGCCUAAACAUUAUGACCUAAGUCAAAAAAGUACUGAAAGGAUUAACCCAAUAUGUGGCUCCCUUGAUGCCAAGCAGUAUUUGGAAUCACUGUGAUCACCACUAGGACUUGUGAAAAAAACCACCUUGUGGGGUGGUAUAUACCUACCUCAAUAUACAGUGCUGUGAAAAAGUAUUUGAUUUCUCCUGUUUUUGUGUAUAUCUCAUACUAAAUUCUUUCAGAAAUUAAAACAAAAUAUAAAGUAAAACAAAGGCAACCCAAGUAAACACAAAAUACAGUUUUUAAAUGAUAAUGUUAUUUAUUGAAGCAAGAAAGUUAUUCAAAAAUCUGUGCCUGUGUGAAAAUGUAUUUGCCCCCAGUUACUAAUUCCCCAAUUCUAUGAAACGGCAUUCAUAAUGGGGUUCAGCUGGACUAGAUGCAACCAGAGCUGAUUACUGCCAGCCCUGUUCAAUCAAAUCAACACUUAAAUAGAACCUUUUCAACAGCAUGAAGUUGGUUAAAAGGUCUUACCCAGUAACACACCAUGCCAAAGUUGAAAGUAAUUCCAGAAAUUGUGAGAAAGAAGGUGAUUGGAAUACAUCAGUCUAGGAAGGGUUACAAAGCUAUUUUAAAGGCUCUGGGACUUAAAAGAAUCACAGUGAGAGCCAUUAUCUCCAAAUUGAACAAACUCGGCACAGUAGUGAACCUUCCCAGAAGUGGCUAACCUUCCAAAAUUCCUCCAAGAGCACAGCACCGACUCAUCCAGGAAGUCACAAAAGAGCCAAGGACAACAUCAAAGGAACUACAGACCUUUCUUGCAUCAGUAAAGGUCAUUGUUCAUGACUCCACUUUCAGAAAGACACUGGGAAAAAAUUCCAUCCGUGGAAUAGUGGCAAGGUGAAAACCAUUGCUAACCGAGAAGAACAUUAGGGCUUGUCUGAAUUUUGCCAAAACACACCUUGAUGAUCCUCCUUUGGGAGAAUGUUCUGUGGAUUAAGGAGUCAAAAGUGGAACUGCUUGGAAGACGGGGGUCCUGUUACAUCUAGUGUAAACCAAACACCGAAUUCCACAAAAAGAACAUCAUACCUACGCAAGCAUUGUAGUGACAGUGUGAUGGUGUGGGUAUGCUUGCUGCUUCACGGCCUGGGCAAUUUGCAAUAAUUGAGGAAAAUAUGAAUUCUGCUCUCUACCAGAAAAUCCUAAAGGAGAAUGUUCGGUCUUCAGUCCGUGAGUUGAAACUCAAACACAACAGGCUUAUGCAUCAAGACAAUGAUCCAAAGCAUCCUGAUCAUCCAUCAAAUCCUGACUUGAACCAAUUGAGAUGCUGUGGCAGAAUCUUAAAUGGGCAGUUUCUGCUCACAAACCCUCCAAUAUGGCUGAACUAAAGCAGUUCUGUAAAGAAGAGUAGGCCAGAAUUCCACCACAGUGCUGUGAAAGACCAGUUAUCGGAAGUGUUUGUUUGCAGUUAAUGCUGGUAAAGGUGGCACAACCAGAUUUUAAGUUUAAGGGGGCAAUUAGUUUUUCACAUGGGUGAUAAGUAUUUGAUAACUUUUUUUGCUUCAAUAAAAAAAAACCUGUAUUGUCUGUUUAAUCAAGUUGUCUUUGUUUUAUGUUGUAUUUUGUUUGAAGAUCUAAAACUAUUUAGAAUGAGAUAUACACAAAAACAGAAGAAAUCAGGAUGGGGCAAAUACUUUUUCACAGCACUCUAUGAGGUAAAGUAGCACAAUAUACAUUAUGUGUUUACAUUUUUUUUGUGUUUUUUCAUUUAACUCAAAAUCUCAAUGCAGAAUGUAUUUUUGUAUUAUUCAUUUGGUGAAAACCAGCCACAGUAUUCUACUGCCCCACUAUUUCUUUGUUUUAAUCCACUCUGUAAUAUCUGUGCAUAGUGGUUUAUGCUGUACUCAUAUCCUACCUGCCUGAACAGCACAUACUAGCUAACUUUACACUACAAAAUUAUUUUUUAUUAUUUCAUUUUUUAAAAUUUAUUAUUUAGUAGUAUAGUUUCUUUUCUUUUCUCACCACCUUAGACACUGUAAAUAUUAAGGUUUUUUUUUCAACACUGGACUUUUUUCAGUUUAUAAUGUCACAUUCACUGGAAAUGAUUAUUGUACCUGUAUAUGUUUAAUGUUUUAUUAUCUUUCUUGUUUAGUAUAUAUUGGACAUGACAAUGAAUAUGUAGAAUAUAUCCAUUAAUCUAUUAUUGUUGCAGAUUUUUUAAUAUGUAUGAAUUAUUGGAUAAUCGGCAAGUUCAUUUUCCUGUGAAUUUACAAACUGAAAUUAUUUAAUAAAAUUGUUCAUAGGAG